AUGUCAUGUUUAGAUGAUAAAACUGCGCUUAGAUUAAAUAUAAAAGUAAACAGUGAAAAUUUAUUACCAGUUCCACAAAAAUACAAUGUUGGAUCAUUAAGAUUACCCGAAGAUCCAUCAUGGCCAAAAAUUCCACAACGUAAAUUAGUAGAUAAUGCAGAUGACAUUAUUCAUCCUCCAUAUAUUAUUACAUUAACAGGUACACCAAGGAAAAGUCGUUCUACAGUACGUACACCGCAAUGUCAAUCAUUCAAAACAAUGGAAAUGAAAGAUCUAAACUUUUCCGUCUAUCAAAAACCACUUAAUACAAUGAAAAGAAAACCUAGUUCUUUGGAUCCUCGUUUUAAGCGUGUGACUACAGUUAAAAAUCAGACUAUACCAACACAGUCUAAUAAACAAUAUAAUAAUUCGAAAGAAUCACAGCAGACUACUUCUAUUUUAGAAAAAUCACAACUUCCCUGCGAAACGACGAAAAAAGCUGCUUCUGAGAAAAAUUUAAACAUUCAACAGAUAAUACAAGAAAAUACCAAGAAGCCAGAAAAUGAAGAAGUAAUUAAGUAUAAUAAUAAUAAUUUUAAACAAGAACUUUUAAAUGGAGAAUUACUUCAAAAAAGUAAUGCGGAAGAUAACAACACACUGGAGUGUAAAGCUAACAUAGCAAAGGAUCAUAAUACUAAUAAUUUAAUAAAUAUAAAUAGUACAAGUAUAAUAGAUUCUGUAGAUAUUAAAGAAAAUAUUGAUCCCAGCUCAGAAAAUAAUAAAAAUAUCAUAGAAAAAGAAAUAUCUAUGGGUGAACAAAUAUCAACCUCUAUCUGUAAUGAAAAACAAAUAUUAGAAACUAAAACAAACAAUGAUUUAAAAGGGUUACCAGGAAAUCAAUCAUUACAAUCUGCCAAUGAGUCUGAUGGUCCAAUCUUACUUGUAAUGAAGAAAAAAGUACAUCCUUUACCCGUUGACAAAAUAUAUGCAACACAAUGUUACAAUGUACAAGUACCAGUAAUUACAUAUCAAAAUGUACCCUUAAAAAUAUCGACUUAUCAAUCGGGAGAGAUUAAUAUUUCCCCUUGUAUUGCAAGUACUUUGCCAAUAAGUGACUUAUGUACAACUACACAAUUUCAAGUAAAAGAUACAAACGUUCAUACAUCGUCGUAUGAAAAACAAAAUUUGGAUAAUUUACAAAAAAAAAAUGAAGUAGUAGAUACUGGAAAAAAUGAUACUAUACAUAUUCGAGAUAAGCAGAAAAAUCUUAUUUUAGAGAAUAAAACGGAGGACAGAUUUUCAGAGCAGUCCACAGUUGAAGAAAAUUAUUACGAUACUUCUUCUUUACCAAAUAAUAAUAAAAUUCUAAUUUCUGCUAGUAAUAAUAAUACUUAUAAUUGUUCUAACGAUUAUUUGAAAGUUAUAUCGCAUCAACGACCAACAGAAAAUAAUGAUUCGGGUGCUUAUACAUCUAUUAAAAUUUCAAAUUUAAAAAAAUAUAAUUUUAGUAAACAACGGAAAAUGAAGUCUGAAGAAAAUUUGUCGCUAAAAAAAAAUACAUAUAGUAAAAAACUCUUUCAAUCUUCGGAACCACAUAUUACAUCGAGGCGAAAACGAAUAAGAGCUAAUUUUUCUAAAAGAGCCAGAUCUUACUUUCAAAAAAAGUCUAAAUCCAGAGUAGUAAAUUCUAAUUGUACUUUAACACAGUCGAGUUAUCAACAAACAAACUAUAAAUAUGAUCCAAGAUUUUUGAAAAUUGAACAAUAUACGAAAGAUAAAAAUUGUCAUUUCUUAAUGUUAAAGAAACCUAUUCAUGAAAGAAAUAAGGAUAAAAAUAUGGAUUGCAUUAAGAUGGAAUCUUCGGUUGAAAAUCCAACUAUCUCUAGCAAUGUCUUUUGUCAGCAAAAUAAGGAGAAUAAAUAUAAUAGUUUAGAAAGAUUGGAUAAAAAUAACUCUAUUGAAAAUCCUGUAAGAAUACCUCUUAAAACUCAAGAAUUAUUAAAUAAAAGUUAUCUGGAAUACUAUAAUAAAUUAAAACAAAAUUCAGGCAACAUGGAAAAUGUACGACAAAAGUAUUUUCAUAAAGUAGCGUUAGACGCUCCUUAUGUUAAAAAAAGAAAAAGUAAACUAUUCUAUAAUAAUAUUUAUAACGAUCGAACUAAAUUUAAUCCAGAAAUACAAACGAUAGAACAAUGUUCAGCUCUAUCGAGUAUAAUUAAUAAAAAUCUGUAAGUUUUGACAUCGUAUGUAUAUAGAAAUAAACACAGAGACCUACGUAUUUAUAAUUCAAUAAUAUUUAGGGAUUCCACUAUACAACAUAUGAGCGAUACAACACAAACAAAACAAUUAUAUGUUAAUAGAAAUAUCAGAUCAUCUCCAGAUCCUAAAAGAGGAAUUCAAAUUAAAACGAUACAAAAUGUAGCUUCUAAGAUACCUGCAGAUAUUUAUGAAAAUUCUAUUACGUCGUCUACGUUUGUAGAUAAAAUUAAACAUAAGAAAGAGAAGUGUAUCGAAAAAAGAUUUCUUAAAUUAAAAACUAUC